GCAGGCCCCGGCUCCGGCCCUGGCUGUGAGGGCGCUUCGAUGCGGGGCUAGGAGCGCAGCCGCCCCUCGGCCUGCCUGCCCUGCCCGGGCGCGGAGCCGCGCUUUCUUCUCAGCCCGGAGCCGUCGGCCUCAGCGUCUGCGAUGAACCCGGUGAAUGCUACAGCCCUGUACAUCUCCGCCAGUCGCCUGGUGCUCAACUACGGCCCCGGAGAGGACCCGCAGUGCCUGGCCGAGAUCGGCAAGCUGCUGCCCUACUUCCGGCAGUCGCUCUCUUGCUGUGUGUGCGGAGAUCUGCUGCAAGAUCCAAUUGCACCCACCAAUUCCACAUGCCAGCAUUAUGUAUGCAAAACCUGUAAGGGCCAGAAGAUGAUGAUGAAACCAUCGUGUAGUUGGUGCAAGGACUAUGAGCAGUUUGAAGAAAAUAAACAGUUAAGCAUUCUAGUGAAUUGCUAUAAAAAACUAUGUGAGUACAUUACACAAACACCACUAGCACGGGAUAUUAAAAAAGCUGCUGAGACUUCUCCAGAUCUAUUGCCUUUGCUUAAAGAUGGCGCUGCACUCCAUGAAGACACAGAAGAAACAUCUGAUGAAGCCGUUGCAUUGUGUAUCACACAUUCCCCAUCACCUUCAACCUCAGAGCAUGCUAAUGAGCCUCCAGCAUGCCGUUCUUCUGUUCCUGAAAGUACACAGGAGUCUGAUGUGAAAGGCUCCACUGUUAAUGGGUUGCCCAAUUGCAAUGGGCUGUCAGUAGAUAAAAUUGGAGCAAAUAUUCCUUCUCCUGAACAAGCAAAUACAGUUGAUGUAUGUAGCCCUGCACUGUGCAUAGAAACUGACGAUAAUUCUAGCAAUCUUCAGCCUGGCCAGUGCUUAAAAAGUGACGAUAUUUCUAGCAAUCUUCAGCCUGGACAGUAUGUAAAAACUGAAGCUAUUUCCAGCAGUCUUCAGCCUAUCUGUGAUGCUGUUUCUCCUAGUAACUUGUGUGUGGCAAGCAGUGAUACCUGCAGUUUCAGCAAAGACACCACCAAACCUGGUGAUUCUCUUCUACUUAGUGUUGAGGAAGUGCUACGGAGCUUGGACUCCAACACAGAGGUCUGUGGUCCUAAUCUUCAACAUAGCUUGGAAACCAAUAUAUCCAACGGCCCUUUUUUGCAGCUUUGCUCUCCGCCUCCUAGCCAUAGCAUGUUCAUGUCAAUGGGUGCUUCACCUUAUGGGAUUUCAUGUACAGCUGUGACACCGAAGGCGGUAAAAUUAAAUAGAAAGCGAUCGCGUUCUGAAAGUGACAGUGAAAAGGUUCAGCCUCUUCCCAUUUCCAGCAUCCUUCGUGGCCCAACGUUGGGAGCCUCAGCCCCGGUAACAGUGAAACAGGAUACAAAGAUGUCUUUGCAGCCUGUAGCAGCUGUACCAAAUGGAGGCACCGCUCCUAAAAUAGGCAAAACUGUACUCUUAGCAAAUAAAGGCAUGAAAAAGACUCUAGACCACACCGCCAAGAAACCCCACCCGAAAUCCAAAACAGGAAUGCUGAAAAAAUCAAGAGCUGGCAGUCAUGUGCCAGGUGGUCUAACAAAAACGGUGUACAAAAAGCCACAGGAAAAGAAAGGGUGCAAAUGUGGUCGAGCCACCCAAAAUCCAAGUGUUCUUACAUGUCGUGGCCAACGCUGUCCUUGUUACUCGAACCGUAAAGCUUGCUUAGACUGCAUAUGCCGUGGCUGCCAAAAUUCAUAUAUGGCUAAUGGGGAGAAGAAACUGGAGGCAUUUGCAGUGCCAGAAAAGGCCUUGGAGCAGACUAGGCUCACCUUGGGCAUUAAUGUGACAAGCAUUGCCGUGCGCAAUGCCAGCACAAGUACCAGUGUAAUUAAUAUGACAGGGUCACCAGUAGCAACGUUUUUAGCUGCCAGUACAAACGAUGAUAAGAACUUGGACGAAGCUAUAGACAUGAGAUAUGACUGCUGAGUCAAUUUUUUUCUUUUUGAUCUUUCUCUCCUGCCUUUGGUAGGGGGACUGCUAUAAUUUUGAGGGCAGCUAUGGUUCUGUUUAACUUGCCGGAGCUCCUGCAUAUAGAUCACUUGUAUCAAGUGUUUUUCAUUGCUAUGUUGUGUGUUAGUGUCUGGGAAAUAGUUUGACGGUAAUUGCGGAGUUACCCUGAAACUGUCUUUAGUUCUUACAGCACCUCAUAGUUUCAGAUCAAAUGCUAAUGUAAAUGAUUUAUAAUACACAAUUACUUUUGGGCAAAUAUUGACCUUGUACCAGUUCAUGCUUUGUGCUUAAUCAGAGAUUGAUUGAAUAUACAGCAAUGGUUUCUAGUCAGUCCAUCACAGUUGUGGUAAUUUAUUAUGUACCCAUGUUUAGAGUCAGUGUCGCAGGAAAUCGGCGUCAAGCUCAUGCUGCAGUUGUAGUAAAAAUGUCACAGCCAGUCUUCUCAUACCACGUUAUUGUGGAUAGGGAGAUUAGUAAUUGAGCACUUUAAACUUGUUCAAAAAUUGAAGUCAUUUUAAUUUUCCAUCUAGUGUAUGUUGUCCUGAAGCAAAGAAAACUAUGAAACUGGGCCCUCCUGUCAGAUUUGAACACUCAAGAUUCUCAAAUAUAUGUUUCUUUUUCUCUAGAGUAAUAUUUCAGAAAUAGUAAUAGAAGUUCCAUUGUCAUGAAGCAGACUUUGAAGACAUUAUUAUUAUUAUUAUUUUAUUAUUAUUUUUGGAAGAAUUUGCAGAUUGAUGUCACUAGUCUUUUGCAUUAUGUGUCAUACUGUAAACGCUAAUCUUCAAGAUAUUAUUGUGGAGUUCAUUAUGAAAUAGGUAAUGUAUAUUUUGGAAUGUGCUAGUUAGCUACAAAAUAAAAGCAAUUUAAUUCUCAUGCCAAAAUUACUGAGACAUCAUUGUAUAUGUUAGUUUCUAGCUGUUGGCAAGAGCAUACCUCCUCCCGCUUCACACAAACAUGCUUGGAAUAAUAGCAGCAUGAUGACACUGUGAGGGCAUUGGCAUUCUGCUGAGAUUCUCCCAUGCAGCUACUACUUCAAGAGCCUAGUGCCUGUUUCCCCCAGCUUUGCUGGCAUAAAUCUGCUCCUAUCUGGGUGGAGUCCUGGAUGGGAUUAGACACCAGCUGGAUGCACCAAGAAGAGACACAGCAGGGCAUUGGUUGAAAGUGACUAACAUGCUGCUGUGUACCCAAGUUUGGAACAGCAGGGAUGUGCCAAGCAUGGAAUUGGUGUGGUGGAUGUUGCAAGUUAAUCUUGGAGCCCAUCGGAGCUGUUCUACCUUCUGCUCCACACACAAGCUUUUGUCUUUAGCUUAUUUCCAAUUAUACCAUGAAAGAAACAGCAAACCGUAAAGUUGAAAAUAUACCACUUUGUAUCAAUCCUCCUAUUGUUGAGAUGUGUGCCUAGAACAGGGUUAGCCAGUGUGGUAGCAUCCCGAUGUUAGAUUGCAACUCCCAUCAUUCCUGACCAUUGACCAUGCUGGCUGGGGCUGAUGGGAGUUGUGAUCUACAUCACCUGAAGGUCACCAUGUUGGCUGCCUCUGGUCUAGCAUGUAAGUUCUUCAGUUUGCGUAUCUAUGGGCUGACUAGAAUGGAAAAGAUUACCCUGCUAUUUUAAGGACAAUAGUUCAAUAACCUGUUUGAAGAGAAGUGAUGCCAGAAUUUCUAAAACUCCUUUACAUUUGCCAUCUAGUUGUUCAUUAAGUGACAUUGCCAGGGAAUUAUGACAUUAGACACUUUGGAUUUGGCACAAAGCAUGUACAAUGAUGGUUACUAGGUCUGAAAAGUAAGCAAAAGGUUUUGGACACCAAUUGGAUGAUGCCUCCUUUUUGUUCUGUAGUGUACCAUGGUGUCAUUUUAUGUGAAUGUGGUCAAAUAGCGUUUUUGUUGGCUUUUUGGUUUGUUUCCCCCCUGUCUUUUCUGUGGGUAGGGCAGGGUGUGUGUGUUUGGGGGGGGGGUUAAAGCCAUAGAAAGAAGGAUGUGAUGUACGUGUUCCGUAUGUACUUUUUUUGUUUCUGUUUUGCAAGAAGAGUUGAAAAAUAUUUUUGAUAAUGAGAGUAAAUGGUGGAAAAUGCUCUUUAGUAUUCUCGUCUCUUUUUUUUGCCAGCCCAAACUCCUGAAUUCUGUGUUUAAUUUUGAGGUUUACUAUGUCCUAUUAAAACAUAAUUAGUUAAA